ACAAAACUGCUUACAAAAACAUUCCAGUUCCUUAUUUUCAUUUUUUCCUUAUUUUUAUUUAUUUUUCACUUUUUAAAAGACAAACGAUGGCUCCAAUAAUUCUCAAAGAAGUCGACGAAGCUGCAGUUAUCAAAAAAUUAUGCAAUCUCAUCGAAUCAAAGGCCAACGAAGCAAUUUCCGCUCGCGGAGUCUUUCGUGUCGGAUUAUCAGGUGGCUCUCUAACGAAAUAUCUCUCCACGGGUUUACCUUCCAUCAAAACGGACUUCCAAAAAUGGCACUUUUUCUUCUGUGACGAACGUUACGUGCCACGCAGCGAUCCAGAUUCCACUUUUGGCGUCUACAAAAGAGAUUUGAUCCCCAAAAUUCCCGUUGACGAGACGCAAUUCUACGAAAUUGACCAAUCCGUGCCGUUAAACGAGUGUGCCAACAAGUACGCGUUGCAAAUUAGAAAAACUUUCGGAUCUUCUAUGGAAUUGCCUGAAUUUGAUUUAUUGUUGCUCGGCAUGGGUCCUGAUGGGCACACAUGUUCGUUAUUUCCGGGACAUGCGUUGUUGGAGGAAACGAAUGUCUUGAUUGCGCCAAUUAGUGAUUCGCCGAAACCGCCUCCGUGUCGCGUAACGAUGACGUAUCCCGUGAUAAACAAUGCGAGAUGUUGUAUUUUCGCGAUGGCUGGAGCGGGAAAAGCUGACAUGGUGAAGCGGAUUUUAGUGGAAAAUGAGGAUUUGCCAGCAGGAAGAGUUAAGCCAACCAAGGGGGAAUUAUAUUGGAUCGUGGAUGCUGCAGCAGGAAGUCAUUUGACGUAAAAUUAAAAAAAAAAACGAAAAAAAUCGGGUGGAAGCGCUAAAUCUAAUUUAUUUCUAUUUUUUAUAUAAAAUAUUGUUAAAAAAUAAAUAUUUUUUAUAAUAUAAAACAAAAUAUCCGAGAAU